CUUUCAAAGAUGGACUGGGGAAAGACAUUAAGUUCGGAGCAGCCCAAGGCUGCGGAUCUAGCCUUUCUCCCUCCGGUCUCCAGACACACGCAGGUUCAGGCAGCCAAGCAGAGACAGCGGAGGCCCGGCGCGUGGUUCAGGCCUGGUCAACAGGUAGGAGGGCCGGACUGGGGGCCAGGCACAGAGGAGGGCAGGCCCGCCCGCGCCGGCGUCCAGGGUCCUGGGUUCCGGGUCCCGGGACUGCAGGAGGUCGCCGGCAGCCCGCGCUUUCAGAGGAUUGAGAUUGGGUGGACGAGACCUGAAGAUCUCUCAGUCUGGACCCCGACUUUCAGUCUGCUUAGAGACCUAAGCCGCGAGCCUUUGCCCACACGGAGAAACGUACUAUCUAAUAUCUAACAACCCUGUACUGCCGUGUCUGGAGGUUGCGGGAAGGAGACUGUGUCUCCCUUUGGGAAAACUACUGAGGACUUCUUUAUAUCCUACUUCUCCUGGACUCCAUAAGUUACAGGACCGAAGGAAACUGAGAAAUAGAGAAAAGGUGCCUCUUGCCCCUUUAACUCCACAAAAGGGUGGCUGCAGAUGGAGCAGCUUGGACUUUAUUUUUACAUUGCGCGAAGCCGGCGGGCAGCGGCUUAUGC